CUCAAUGCCUGCAACCAUGUGUCUGGUUCUCCUCCUCCUGCUGUGGCUGAGCUGUGCGACCCCAAACCAGGAGACAGGCAGCUGCUCCCAACCCCAGCCCCUCUGCUGCUUUGGAACAGAUCACCACUGCAAGAGAGGAAGCUGCUACUGUGAUGAGUUCUGCCACGAGGUGUCAGACUGCUGCCCAGACCACCGCGCCCUGUGCACCCUGGAUAACUCACACGCAGGCUCCUUCCCACCCCUGGCGGAACCGGAUGCUGUGAUGGACAGAGGCAAGCCCCUUGCUUGUACUUCAGGCCAAGGCCAGGAUGUGGACUGGAUGCCUCCUGAGGGCCCUGAUAAUCCUGAGAUCCUCACAUUUGGUCCAUUUCCUUCUCAGAAUACCAAGAUGGUGCUGCAGAUGGUGCUGAGGAGGGAGACCCCCCCGAGCCCUGCAAGAAGCAACCUAGACUGGAUACAGAAUGUGGUGAGUACCCUGGUGGUUCUCCCGGAAGGGGUGCUGACAACCUGCUCCUGCCUCCCUGGCCUGUAG